AUGUGCGGUGACGUGGAAUCCAACCCCGGUCCUAAACAAUCAACAUUGACAGAGGAUGGUAUGAUCUCAACGGAAAGUCCACAAUCUAUGAAAUUACGGAAUGGAAAUAAAACCAGUGGUGCUAAUAUAGAUGACACGAGGGCACCAUUUGAACAAAUGUUAAAGGAGAUGAAACAACUAAAUGGUAAAAUGGAUAAUCUCGCUAGUAACCUAAAUACGAAAAUUAAUAAUCUCAAUGGUGAAGUUCAGAAACUAAGAAGUGAAGCUAAAGUAACUAAUGACAAAAUGAAGAGUCUCGAGUCAGAAAAUAAACAGUUAAAUGAGAAAAUCGACCGAUUGGAAAAUAAGCUAGACUCGCAACAGGGCCAACUAAAACGCGACAACUUAAUAUUCCAGGGCAUCAAGCAAGACGUAAAUGAGACAUGGGAUGAUUCUGAAGAAAAAGUUAAACAUUUUAUUAAGGAUAAAUUAAACAUAGCAGACAACAUAGAAUUCGAAAGAGUCCACCGAAUGACCGGGUCACGCGUUAAACCUCAACCCAUUAUCGCCAAAUUCAGUCAUUUUAAAGACCGCUCAAACGUGUUAAAGAAUGCGAGAAUAAAUAGAAGUUCGUUGGAUGCUGGUAUGCGUGUCGGUGAAGAUUUCUCAGAUUUGGUGAGAGAAAAGAGACGCAAGUUAUGGCCGAGUAUGCAGAACGCACUGGAAGAAGGUAAGCGCGCAACAAUGAGAUACGAUAAGUUGAUUAUCGAGGGUGAAGUUUAUAUCUACGACCUUAAAACUCAGACCGUGGUUACAAAUGGAUAA